GCCGCGAAAUGUUGAACUUGUUUGCUUGGUUUUUCCUCUCGCUGGUGGGUCUGUCGUGGGCUCAGGGAUUACCAUCGCGCACCUAUUUGCCACCGCCGGCUAAUCCUGUCAUGGAACCCAUUAUAACAAAACAGUUCUAUAGCAUCUCGCCGGCCGAAGAUCCCGAGGAUUUGGAGCCCAGGAGCAAGCACCUGGUCAUUGGUCAGCCUCGUCGGAAUUAUCGUGUGAUAUUUAUACGAGCGCCGGCCGCCAAUAGUGAGAGAUUGAGGUACACGGCCGAAUUGGCGCCGCAGGAGGAGCGGACGGUCAUCUACGUUCUGACCAAAAAGCAGCAGGAGUUGGAGGCCACGGACAUAGUGGCGCCGCGGGAGAAACCCCAAACGGAACAGAAGCCAGACAUAUUUUUCAUCAAGUACAAGACGAAUGAGGAAGCGGCCGCCGCCCAAAAGGAGAUCCAGACGCAGUACGACCAGCUGGGUGGAAACAGUGAGAUAGCGGCUCCCUAUGUGGCGCCCGUUCAGUCGGUGAUUGGAGCGCUCAAUCCCCACCAGACCUCGCCCUAUCAAGCGCCGUCGAGUCAGUCCCCUGGCUAUCACUACGAUAGACCAUCGCCGCCUUCCACGCUCUUGGCGCCAGUGGAGAGGUCGUACUGAAGCCCGAAUAUCUUAUUCAGAUAAAUAAAUAUAUAUACGUAUAUAUAUCCGUUGAAUAUUCCAUGCUAUUUGCAUAUAAUUGAUAAGCCAUUUCCAUCGGCAAACGAAUUUAUCAUAAAACUUGGUGAACGCGUAAAUAAAAAUGGUUUCUUUUAAUUAUUUUUUUGGUUGUAUAAUUUUUGCAAACAUUUUUUAUUUAUUUUUUUCCGGUGAUAUCUGAUUUGCAAAAGUGCUUUGACCCUGUGACAAAGGAGAGGAAUUUAGAGGCAAGUUUGU